AUGGGAAGGGGAAGAGUAGAAUUGAAGAGGAUUGAGAACAAAAUAAAUAGGCAGGUCACAUUUGCAAAGAGGAGGAAUGGUUUGCUGAAGAAAGCUUAUGAACUCUCUGUACUUUGUGAUGCUGAGGUUGCUCUUAUCAUCUUCUCUAACCGUGGCAAGCUCUAUGAGUUUUGUAGCAGCUCCAACAUGCUCAAAACCCUUGAGAGGUAUCAAAGAUGCAGUUAUGGGGCCGUGGAAGUUAACAAUGCCGCCAAAGAGAUAGAGCAAAGCAGCUACAAGGAGUACUUGAAGCUCAAAGGCAAAUACGAGUCACUACAACGAUAUCAAAGACAUCUUCUUGGAGAUGACUUGGGACCUCUAGAUAUGAAUGAACUUCAAAAUCUUGAACUUCAACUAGAGUCAUCCUUGAAGCUUGUGAGGACUACCAGGACACAAGUGAUGCUUGAUCAGCUUACGGAUCUCCAAGCAAAGGAAAAGUUAUGGCUUGAUGCUAACAAGGCACUAGAAAGGAAGUUGGAAGAAAUUUACACCGAGAAUCAUCUUCGCCAGUCCUGGGGAGGCGGUGGUGGUGGAGGUGGCGGUGGCGAGCAGAGCAGUACAUACAGCCAGCAGCAUUCUCAAUCUCAGGGGUUUUUUCAGCCUCUAGAAUGUAGUUCAGGCUUGCAAAUAGGGUAUAAUCCGGUGAGUACAAGCCAAAUGACCGCGGUGACAAAUGCUCCAAACAUGAAUGGAAUUGUUCCGGGCUGGAUGCUAGACAGAAGAAUGGGAAGAGGAAGAGUACAGUUGAAGCGGAUCGAGAACAAGAUAAGCAGGCGAGUGACGUUUUCGAAGCGGAGGUCGGGUUUGCUGAAGAAAGCCCAUGAGAUCUCUGUUCUGUGUGAUGCUGAAGUUGCUCUCAUCGUCUUCUCUACCAAAGGGAAGCUCUUUGAGUACUCCACUGAAUCCAGUAUGGAGAGGAUCUUGGAAAGAUACGAGAGAUACUCAUUUGCUGAGAAAAGGCUGUCUGGUGAUGACUCCGAUCAACAACAACUACAACAACAGGACAAUUGGUCGCUGGAGUACCCAAAGCUCGUAUCCAAAAUUGACCUCUUACAAAGAAAUAUAAAGCAUUAUGUGGGAGAGGAUCUGGAUCCACUCAGCUUGAGGGAACUCCAGAGCUUGGAGCAACAGCUUGACACUGCUUUGAAGCGAAUCAGAAUGAGGAAGAAUCAAGUGAUGCAUGAAUCCAUCUCUUCACUUCAAAAGAAGGAGAAGGCACUGCAGGAGCAACAUACAAUGUUGGUUAAGAAGCUCAAGGAUAGUGAGAAGAAGGAUGCUGAGCAGGCACAGCCACAGGUGGAGCAACCCCGUCUUGUUCAAAGCUCCCGCGGCCCUCUACUCCCUGAUCAAGAUCCUCCUCCAUCCCUAACCAUUGGUGGACCUUUCCGGGCAAGUAGAGCCGGACAGGAGGAAGUACGAGGAGGAGGAGGAGGAGGCGGAGGUCAUAUUCCCCGCGGCGCCACCACAAACUCACUCGUGCUACCAUGGAUGGUUCGUCGGAUCAAUUAA